AUGGUUUUCAGUAUCAAGAAGGCCAUCUUGGCCGUGGUCUCCAUUGUUGGCGUCACCAAUUCUGCUGCCAUCUUCAACGUUUCCGGUUCUAACUCUUCGGUUUCCGGCCUCGUCGUCCGCGCUCACGCCGGCCCUGAUGCUGAGUCCAACAACCCGCAAACGGUCCCUCCCGACAACGAUCCCUUCCGCGCACAAACUCCUAGCCAAGACCUUUGCAAGGACAAAGGUCGUGACGAGCAGGGAACCUACUUCUGCUCCCAGGUGGAUCAAGUGCUCUACACCAAGGUCGAGCUCGGGAAGAGGCAGCAGGCUUGGAGCGACGAGUUGGUUCCGUUUAACGAGCCGGUUUCUCUGCACUUCCACGGUCCCUUGCACCUCAAGCAGGUCGGAUUUUACCAGCCGAACGGCGACGGCUCGUACUCCCGCAAGGGAUUCUACCAUGCCCAGAGCCAGACCUCAGAGGGCAUCACGUUCAUGGGCAACUUUGGUGGCACUGCCAGCUCUAGUGUUUUCACCAAGACCUUCGGCAAUUCUCUCUCAUUCGUCAACUCCCGCGGCGACGGCGGCGACGGCGGCGGCGGCGGCCCUACCAUUCUCGCCGACACCACCGUCUCUGACACGGCCGAUUUCUCAAUGUUCACGGAUCAGAAGUGCGACGAUGGAUCUUGCGGAUACAUCCAACCUGGCGCUGCUGCUCGGAAGGGUUUCCCCGGUCCCAACCGCAUGUUCCUCUUCGAAUUCUUGAUGCCACACUCGCAUCCCAACGCCGACGGUUCGGACCCGAACGACAAACCCACUUUGUGGCUCCUCAACGCCCGUAUCCCCUACACUCAGCAAUACUACAAGUGUUCAUGCUGGGACUUCGGCUGUGGAGAGUUCGACAUUUUUGAAGUUGUCAAUAAGCACGAUGAGAAGGCUUUGUCGAUUUUCCACCUUAACCCACUGGGUUUCGGUGACUCGAACUGUUUCUGCCGCCCCAGUGACGGUCCGAUCAAGGUCGCGUUGUUCAUGGAUGGCAAUGAUGGCGGUUGGGUGUCGGUGAAGGUUCUUGGACGCAGCGAUGGAACGAGGUUUGGUGGCAGCUUGAGCGCUGGUGAGGUCACGAGUUGA